UAACCAUCUCGCCCUUUCUCUCCCCCUCCACUUUCUCAUCUCCCUCCAGCCAGGACUUCAAAUACCCGCAAUUGUUGUCCAUUUGGCAUUUCUCAUAUAAAAGCCGUCUCAAAGUUUUCGGCGCCUUUGUCCCUCUCCAUUCUCCCGCUUCAUUUCUGGAUUCCACGGGAAGACCAAUAUCGAUAUUCUUUCUACGCCUCUUGAUUCCCCGCAUACUUCACAAUGGUCAAGGAAACCAAGUUCUACGACACCCUCGGGGUCGCUCCCACCGCUACCGAGGCUCAGCUCAAGACUGCCUAUAAGAAAGGUGCUCUCAAGUACCACCCUGACAAGAACACCAACAACCCCGAUGCCUCAGAGAAGUUCAAGGAACUGUCGCACGCCUACGAGACUCUUUCCGACCCCGAGAAGCGUCAACUCUAUGAUCAGCUCGGCGAGGAAGGCCUGGAGCACGGCGGUGGUGGCGGCGGCAUGAACGCCGAGGAUUUGUUCUCUCAAUUCUUCGGCGGCGGCGGCGGCGGCCCCUUCGGCGGAAUGUUCGGCGGUGGCAUGCGUGAACAAGGCCCUAAGAAGGCCCGCACAAUCCACCACGUGCACAAGGUUAACCUCGAGGAUAUCUACAAGGGCAAGGUCUCCAAGUUGGCGCUCCAGAAGUCCGUCAUCUGCGGUGGCUGUGAUGGCCGCGGUGGAAAGGAGGGCGCUGUCAAGGAGUGCGCGGGCUGCAACGGUAGCGGUAUGAAGACUAUGAUGCGCCAGAUGGGUCCCAUGAUCCAGCGCUUCCAGACUGUCUGCCCCGACUGCAACGGUGAAGGCGAGAUCGUCCGUGAUAAGGACCGCUGCAAGAAGUGUAACGGCAAGAAGACCGUUGUUGAGCGCAAGGUGCUCCACGUCCACGUCGACAAAGGUGUGCGCGAUGGCCACAAGAUUGAGUUCCGCGGCGAGGGUGACCAAAUGCCUGGUGUCAUGCCCGGUGAUGUCGUGUUCGAGAUUGAGCAGAAGCCCCACGCCCGCUUCCAGCGCAAGGGCGACGACCUGUUCUACCAGGCCGAGAUCGACCUGCUUACCGCUCUUGCCGGCGGUGCCAUCCACAUUGAGCACCUCGAUGAUCGGUGGAUGACCGUGAACAUCGCCCCUGGCGAGGUUAUCGUUCCUGAUGCCAUUAAGGUCAUCCACGGCCAGGGUAUGCCCUCGUUCCGCCACCACGACCACGGCAACCUGUACAUCAAGUUCGAUGUUCAGUUCCCCAAGAAGGAGGAUCUCCAGAACCUUGAACUCUUGGAGAAGGUCCUUCCUCCUCGCUCCGAGAAGAUCGUGCCCCCGACCGACGCCAUGGUCGAGGACUUCGAGCUUGAGGACCCCGCGAACGAGCACGACCAGGCCCGCGCCCACGGCGCGGCCGCGACCGGCAUGGACGAGGAUGACGACGACGUGCCCGGCGGUGCCGAGCGGGUACAGUGCGCUUCGCAGUAAAAGGAUUUCGGAGACAAUUUCCAUGCCGUAAAUGGGGGUUGAUGCUAGGCCAAUGAUGAAGUCUUCGCUUAUGAUACCAUGUGAAGGGGGCCCCUCUCCUUAACCCCGAUUUGACGCGGGGAACCUGUUUGUUUUCUUUAUGCUUUGCAAUGGCGUUUCCUCCGAAGACCUGGAAGAUAUCAUUUCUCUUUUUUCUCUUUGUCUUCUCGGGUUUCAUUUCCCAAUUUCUCCUGUAAUCCUCUUUCGAAUCCCUCGCCGUGCCCAAGUCUUUUUCUUCUAUUGCAUACACGUUUCGGGUCCUUGAUCCUUGCUUUUCCAUUGCUUUUUCACGUUUGUCGCCCAUUUUAUGUUUUCCAUGGGAAUCGGGGUUUGUGUGGUGGGAGUUGCGCUGACCAUGGGAAAGACUCAUGAAUCGAAGAUAGAUGAGACGAGACCACGAUUGCGGGCUUGGCUCUUGCGAACGGAUCUAAAAGAUUUAUGUUGCCCAUGCUGGCUUUGUUCUAGGACGAAGCUUUAGGAGGGGGUCGCGGCGUGAUCAUGAUGGAUUCGUUCUUUUUUUUGUUAGCCUUGAUGAUGACCUUUGAAUAGACAUUGUAUGUUUUCGUUCCAAUGCAUUUGCUCAUCCUAUGGAUGUAUUGUUAGAUA